AGGAAUUUUCUGCGAAAUCAUUCUGUCAUGAGUAGUCAAAAGCCAUCGGUUUUAAUAGACAUCGUGUCUGACACCAUCUGACCAUGGUAAGUACUUAGCUUUGCUUGAUUUUCGAGGCUAGUUUGCUGUGAGACGGAACACUUCUCAACUCCAAAAUUAUCCGGCUAAUAAGCUUAAUGCAGUAAGCAGGAGCGGUGAAUUUGACAGUUAUAAUAAUAAUAUUAUGUAAUAUUUAAUACGGUCUUUGACUUCGUAGGCGUUAGCAAACGGAGAUAAUGACUCCUAGUGCAUGGACUGCUUUUAAUGUUAUUUUGACUUGUUCAUUGUACAAACAUUUGAUGAGAGUACUUAAGUUUACCCGGGAGCGUUUGCUUAUAUUAUGGUAAAGAAUAAUGAUGACACUGCAUGACUCAGGCCCGUUCCACUGUGUGCACUGUGUGGUAUCGAACUUAAACUAGCCUGUGAAAAGACGAGGAGAUGGUGAGGGGAAAAGUGGAAGAGGGGAAGUGGUGAAUGGGGUCUUUUUUCGCUCGAGCCGAUUUUUCCCUUUUUCCCCGCCACCAAAGGGGAAGGAGCUUAGUAGUACCAGGCUAUAAGCUCAGUUGAUCGAAUGGUGCUGCGCUCAGUUGUCAAACUCCGACAAACAAAUUGAAAUUAACAAUAGUGAUUUCCUCACUUUUGUUUGUCUGAUUUUUGUUAUUAAGAAGACAAAAACGAAAAAAGUCAGACAACAUUGCAAUUCAGUUACUCUGUCAUCAUAUGUGGGCCCUGAAUCUUAUUUUUUUAAAAUACUAUUCUGUGCAAAAGUCAUUACCUGGUGCCCUUUUUUCAUGCAGAAAAAGCUCCUGUAGAGUUAGGGAUUUUUUGUUGAUGCACGAAAACAUGAAAACUUCAUACACAUCCUUGUAAUGCGUAGUCACAGAUGACAGGAAAAAGAUUCAAAGUCUAAAUAAUUGUAAUCUACAAUAACAAAACUGGAACAUUAAUUUUGAGAUUCACUUCAGAUGCUUUUUAGCUUUAUAAAAGGUAGCGAAAUAGCAUGAGAUGGCCUCUUUAAAUUUGACAUGAAACCAGUUACUGCUACUCCCAUGUAGCACAGUAGGCUUUACUGUGCUAUACAGCAUAACUCAAGUAAUAUGGGUUUAGCUUAAAAGAUACUUGAAUUGUUCAGUACUCACUUGUUAUCAUAGGGUGUGUUCCUUUGGGAUGACCAGGAUCUGGAUCAGUGAUCUGAGAUCACUUAGAUUUGACUCAGAUUCAACUCAUGGUACAUCAAAUGAACCGAUAUAUCCUUUCCCACGGUGGAUUUGUUGGUUUCUGUGACGUGCUAUGAUCUGAAUGAUCUCAGAGCACUGAUCCUGAUCUGGAUCAUCCCAAUGGAAUGCACUCAUCAUCAUCAUCAUCAUCAUCAUCAUCAUCAUCAUCAUCAUCAUAAUACCAUUAUUUAACAAUUAGUGAAUUAGGCUGAGUAUCUUACAAAGAAUUAUGGAGAUUGAGGAGGGUGUUAUCUGUCGAGGCUGUAGGCUGAGGCGGAUAACUCCCUACGAGAUCUCCAUAAUUCUUCUUAGUAUUUACCAAAUCAGUGAAUAGCAAUUUUUGCACAUUUUGAUUGGCUCCCGUAACAUGGACUAUCCUUGGCUAUUCACUGUUUUGCGACGGGAACCAAGAUGGCAUCUCGUUUCAAGACAUUUUCGGAAGAUGGAAUUUUAGUGAUAAAUGAAGCAAUCGUGCAAAGAAAUACCAGAAAAGGGACGAACCUUGGCUUGUCGGUGUUUAUUGUAAACAAAGACUUAUAUUGUAUAUUGUAAAGAAAGUUCCUGCUAAGUGAUGUUUUUAAUUUACAAAAAGUUAUUUUCUUCAUUUUUAUUCAACUGAUUUGGUAAAUACUAAAACAACUAUUCACCCCCCCGUCGGGGGAUAGUUGUAUAAUAUGAUACGAAAGCCGAAUUCAAUAUUAUUGUCUUCUUGCUGUCCUUGCCAUGCUUUUAGCUAUUAUUUAGCCUAGUUCUUACUCUUGAAACGAGUGAAAUGUCCGCCAUUUUUGUUUUCACAACCAAAACAACUCAUCCUUGUCCCCAGGCCUUCUUGGAUAACGGUGUAUUAACCUGCAAGAAAACUGUAUUUUUGACGUCCAGUUGAUUGAUUGCAAAAUUCUUCCAAAUUUGGUCAUCAGUAACUGGUUAUGGUGAAUUAUGCGUGUGCUUUUAGCCAAUCAGAAUUGGGGAAAUAUUUUGAAUGAAUAAUAAUAUUAUAUAAUUAUUAUUAUAAAUUUAAUAUUUAAUCUAUCUUUCUUUUAAACAGUUAAAAUAAAAAUGAUAGAGUAUACUGUACUGCAGGUACAUGGAUAGGAUCUAUGGGCAUGGAACGAAGCUAGGAAUGAUUACAUUUUCUCAAAUUAUAGAUCUUGUUCUCAAGAUAAGGUGGUUUACCUUUAUUUCUCAAUUUAGGUGUUUCGUUGGAAAACGCCAUCUGGAAGAAGCCAUGAAGGCGUUUUCUAACAACCUGCACUUUGAAGUAACAUGGAAACCAUUCUUCUUAAAUCCUACUACUCCAGACACUGGAGUGCCUCUUGAUCAAUACCUGACACGCAAAUAUGGACCGAGGGUUGCAGCUCAAGCCAAAGAAGGAACAAGUCCAUUAUCAAGAGCUGGCAUGAAUGUGGUAAUUAUAUGUACAAUUGUAAUUGAUAUAAUUUAUAGUUCAUGACUGUACUACAGUGUACUUGCUGGUUUGAGGGAGUACUUGAAUUAUUUUCCUGGGUAGUGAUGAUUUGUGGCUGGGACUCUGAAAUCCUUAUUAAUUUAGUAGGGUGGGAUGAUGCCAUGGAGGCCCUUAUACUUUGACCCUGUUCGAGACAUUCUUUUCAAAUGAGUUCUCUGUUUUAGGCAAGAUGCCUUUUCUCAAUGAUCGAAUUAACUAGCAAGUCGCUCAAUUAACUUACAAAAAACAGGGCUAGACCAGGCAAAAAUUUAUUUGGCGUGGUUAUCAUGUCUGCCAACUGUCUGACGAUAAUAUUAUUUGAGCCCUGCUUAGGUUACUUUUUAGUACAUUUUUAUAAAAUAAAAACAUACAUGUACAUGUUGACAGCAACUUUCGACCCCAUUUCAGGGCAUAAACUUCAACCCCAAUCGGCUGAUAGUUAACACUUUGAAAUCUCACUGUAUGUUGGACUAUGCCAAGUCUGAGGGUAAACAAGAUCAACUUGCUGAAAACCUGUUUAAAGCUUACUUUGAGGAGGCUAGAGAUAUCAACUCUACUGAUGUUCUUGCCAAGGUUGCUGUGGAUACUGGUCUUAACCUGGACGCCAUGGAAAAGUAAACAUUAUACUCCUUCUUCAUAAUAUUCUUGCUGCGGUUUUACUUAAUUGUUGACGAGUAUGCAAAUUUUCAUGACCUCACCUCAUUAAUUAUCCAAGUCCACUGCCAGUGGUGGAUGUAGGGAUGGAGCUCGAUCCCAGUUGGAUGAUUUAAGAAAAUAUCGUUACCAUACCAUGGAUGGCUUCCAUUAUUUUAACCCCCCUUGCCUUUGGAAUUUCCAAACUGCAUUAUCCCCCAUGCCCUCGGAACUCCAUAAUCGUUAACCCCCAUGCCUUCUGAUUUCCAAAAAGCUGGGUGUGGUAUGGUAUGGAUAUUUUCUGGAAUCACCCAUGAGACCAAAACUGAGGUAUUGCUUUUUUUCAGACAGCGGGGCACUCUUACUGGCUUAAUAUCUGAGUCUAGCACAAAACAAGAUUAUGCAUUUACAUUUAAAAAUGUGAUUCAUACCUGAUAUAUUGCAGGAUGUAAAUUAUGCAUUAUGACCAAAAGUGCCAAUGUUUUUUGCAGUCUCAUAGUACAAUGUAAUUCUCUCAUUGAUUGUUUUGUUAAGUUCAAUGCCAAACUUUUCUAUGUUGAGAGUGAAAGUUAUUGUUGCUCUUAACUUAAGGAAGUUCUCACAGAAAAGAACCAUUACCAUGCAAAAUAGAAAGAAAUGCCAUAGGGAUUGUCCAUUAAAAAUAGUAUCUAUCCCUAAAAAAACCCCAGAACUAUAAGUUAAGCAACUACUUAAAAGUCAGAGAUCACACAGUCUAGUCAUAACUCCCUCUUUCUUUGUUUUUGUUGCCUGUUAUGUGGAACUCCUUAUUUGAUGCAGAGAUCAGGGGCGUAGCCAGCCUUUUUGCAUCCUCGGAGACCCAGGGGCAGAUAGUGGGGGCGAGGGAAAGUCUAAAGUAAAGAACGGCGAGAAGAGCCACUGGGGACAAUGUCUUACCAGACAAGUUCCAAACGGUUGUCGCCGUUCUGACUUCUGAUUGGCACAAGUUUUCUGGCACCAAUCAGAAGUCAGAACGGCGGCGACCGUUUGGAACUAGUCUGGUAAGACAUUGUCCCCAGGGGCUCUUCUCGCCGUUCUUUACUUUUCUUCGUGCCAUAUUUUCCGCCCGUUUAGACUUUCCCUCGCCUCCACUAUCUGCCCCUGGGUCUCCGAGGAUGGCCUUUUUGCAGGGGGGGUUCCUAAUGUAGUUUUGCUGGCCCGAUUGACAACCGAGCGCUGGAGACGCUCUUUGUUGGAGGGGUCCUGGGGCAUGCCCCCCCCCCCCCCCGAGAAAUUUUGAAAUGUAAGUCAUCGGAAAUACGAUUUCCAGCGUUCUGAGAGGCAAACCAAAGUGUUUUAAUUGCUGUAAAUUCAAGUCAGCUUUCGUUUCGUAGUGACAAAAAUUAGGCGAUAUGGGAUCGCAGCAGAUAAGUUAAGACAUUGAGGUACAAAUUUUCUUUGACGUUUCUGUAGUGCGCGAAAGGUCGACCAAUUUUGCCCGAAUAAGUUAAUUUUUUUUUUGACGACUUGGGGACCCUAGAUAUAGCAUGUGAUGUAUUUAGAUUAAUUUUCUUUUCUUGUUCUUCAGAAGCGAAGAUCUCUUCCCCCGGAAUUCCGAAAGGGGGUUCCGAUAAAUGUUUCCUCUUGAAAUUAUAAAACAUGGUCAUAGCCUAAAUGGGGGGUCCCGGAACCCCUGGAACCCUCCCCUGGUUACGCCCCUAGAGAUACAUGUAGACUUAAGUGCUGACUGCAGCAAUUACGUAGACUUGGGCUAUACCUAGUUAUCACUGACAGCCCUUGUAUAAUUGUUUUUAGACACAUGAAGGAUUCUGUUUCACGAGUAAGAGAAGAAGCUAUGGAAGCCCGUGAUGAAGGAAUUAAUGGAGUUCCUUACUUUAAUAUUCGUCUAAAGGGACAAGCUGAGCAGGUUGCCGCAUUUUCUGGUGCACAGCCACCUGAUACAUUCAAAAGUAUCUUCCAGCGUCUGUUGUCACAAGUCAAGUCUAGUGUUUAGGCUCAAGCUUUCUUUUUUUAUUUUAUUUUACAUUAUAUCUCUGUUAGAAAUACUUUUACGGCCUCAAGUAGUAGUGGCAAGACUGUUCUCUACAAAAUAAGGAACGCUAGGCAACCCAAUUCUCUGAACCUGCAAGAUGUAUGGCCUCCAGCUUAAUGUGAAUUCUAUGCAAAAACUGAGAUUUCCAAGUUGCCAAAGAGAAAAAGUGAUGUCCCAGGGACCACCGGGCACUGCUAGAGCACAGCCCUGUGGUUGCAAACUUUUUCUGAAAUAUUGAAUCAACUUUAAUAGCAAGUAUAUUAGAUUUGAUUUGAAAGCAUUAAUUAGGGGCAUGGUUAAAAAUUUUCCUGAGUCAUGCGCAGUUUUCCAAUCAUCCCUACCCUGUCCUCCAAAUUGUUCUCAUGUGGGUGGCUCGAUUAAAUGUUCCUUUUUUAAAAUCAAUAUGGGGAGGCAAUCAUAUCUCUUCCUCUAAGGACUCCCUUCUUCAAGCAAGAGUUACAGCCUUCAUGUGUGGCAAAAUCGAAUGAAAACACCAAAUUAUGUUUUAAAAACAUGAUUUAGAAAAUGUUAAAUUGGAGUUACAUUCUUAGCUAUCGCACCGUUUUGCAGGUAUCCUUUAUCUACCUUCUGUAUACCUAACCUUUGCUAGGUGCACAGUUCAUCUACUUAACUACAUGUAGAUAUGCUAUUUACUAGUCUUUCUAAGAAAGCCAAAUCUGCAUCAGGCUCACAAAAAUGCUUCCAGGACACUGUAAUCUUAGUCACUUUUGCAAGUGACGAGGAGUGCAUUCUUUUGCUUGUAAGCAAGGGCAGAACAUACUCAGACAAAGCACCGAUUUCCAUAAUAGAGGGCACUAUAACAGCACUAGAACAAAUGUAAUAGAAAAGAAUAGCUGGGAAUAUGCAUAUUUACAAACCUCAAAAUAUUUAUUUGUACGGGAAAAGUACACUUACGUUCUUAUAUUGUAUUUUCAUUAUUGUCUAAACUGUUGAGAGCGACUUUCAUAUUUGACAACCUGCCAACUCGUCUAGGCGGCGUGGGCAGCUGAUAGGAUCAGAAUGGGUUAGUUAAGUUUACCUAGCUGAUUGACAAAUUUGUAUUUAAAUGCAUGUGAAGUAGAGUUGUAAACUUUUUAUUUCUUAUACUAAAGUUUGGAAACAUUUCAAACUUUUCCAAAAUGCCAUUUUCUGUUGUUGGCUCAUCUUGAAAGAAUAUUUUGUGGCUUUAUGAUGAUCUUAGAAUCAAUUAUCUUGUAUUAACUCUAAGAUCUGAUGGUUUGAUAACUUAGUCACAAGAUUUUGACCAGCUGUUUGUAAGUCUUUUGUAGGAUGGCCUCUGUGUAAACAAGGAAAGGGAAAUAAAUUGCAAUGCAACUAUACCAU